AUGGAUCCAAGCAAACCCCCUGACUCCAGCGAUAAGCCAGGCAUCCCCUGGUUGGGACGUGGAAGAGGACUCCAGCCUCAAGAUUUGGCUGUAGGACGCGGUAGGGGGCAGCUGCUCUUGACAGAAAGCCAGACUGUAGGACAAGCCAGAAGUUUUUCCACUCCUGGUGAUCACCCACAUGGACGGGGAGUGACACUUCCCAUGACAACGUACCCCGUUAUUGGACGAGCUAGAGGUCUGUUGGCACCUCAUGAUCAGUCUGUUGUUGGCCUAGCCCGGGGUCUGCUCCUCUCUGCACCUGAACCACAGAUAGGUGUAUCCACGACUGUUGCCUUGCCAGCACAGGGUCAAAGAACGCUGGUGUCCAUGUUCAGAGGAAUUGGUCUCGAGCCGUUGACUUCACGGGGAAGAGGAGACCGACCUGUUGGUAGGGGAUUUGUGGGCGACACAAAAUUUCCAGGUGCCUCAGUGAGUGUUGUCAGCAGCCCCGAGAGUGUUGGCCAGGCUGGAGACACAAUGAGUAAAGGCAGCAGUGUUGUUCUUGGUCAACCUUCUCCGCCGAGUAUGGGCCAGGGACGAGCAGCACCUUCACAGCUCACAGUAGGAAGAGGGCUUCCUAUGCUGUCCUCUUUCCCUCCAGGUCAGGUUGGAGCUCUGUCUUCAACAGUUGCUCCCCAACCAGCCCCUCACCCUCAUCCUCCUGAAUCAGGAACUGAGCCCACAACUCCAGACCCACCUCAGCUUUCUGAAGAUGAGCCAGGAAAGACGGCGUUGACAAUGGAGGCGAUCAGUGAGCCACCAAAUAAAGCUGGAACUAAAGGAGCUCCUUUAACGAUUGGAUCGAACCACAUCCCUGUCCGGUGCAGAAAUGAAGCAGUCUAUCAGUACCAUGUUACAUUUACUCCUCCAGUAGAGUCCAUGUCCAUGCGGUUCGGCAUGAUGAAAGAACAUCGCCCCACUACCGGGGAAGUGAUGGCUUUUGAUGGCUCCAUACUGUACCUGCCUGUGAAACUGAAAGAUGUGGUGAUUCUCCAAAGUGUGCGAUUGACCGACAACGAGAAAAUCCAGAUCAAAAUCCAGAUGACCAAGAUUUUGCCACCGAACUCUGACCUUUGCAUGCCCUUCUACAAUGUGGUGAUCAGGAGGAUAAUGAAAAUCCUCGGACUGAAGCUGGUGGGACGAAAUCACUACAGUCCUGAAAAUGCCGUCAUUCUCGGGAAACAUCGGCUUCAAGUGUGGCCAGGUUAUGAAACCUGUAUGAAGCGCACAGACGGAGGGAUCUACCUGUCUGUGACAGUCUCUCACAAAGUCUUGCGAAACGACUCUGUACUGGAUGUUAUGAAUCUGUUGCACCAACAGAGCAGGGAGAACUUCAAAGACGAAUGCACCAAAGAGCUCGUCGGCUUCAUCGUCAUCACCCGCUACAACAACCGUACCUACCGCAUCGACAACAUUGAGUGGAACAAGUCACCCAAGGACACCUUCACUUUGAUGGAUGGCAGCAAGACCACCUUUGUUGAAUACUACAGCAAGAACUAUGGGAUUACAAUCAAAGAGCUGGACCAGCCCUUACUUAUUCACAGGCCAAAGGAGAGAUCCAAGCCAGGAGGGAAGCAACUCAUCACAGGGGAGAUCCUUUUAGUGCCCGAGCUUUCCUUCUUGACAGGCAUUCCUGAAAAAAUGAAGAAAGACUUCCGAUUCAUGAAGGAUUUGACUACACACAUCAACGUGACCACUGAGCAGCACCUCCACUCGUUGAAUCAGCUUCUGAAGGACAUCAGAAGCAGUGCAGAGAGUGUGCAGGAACUGAGCCGAUGGGGACUGGAGUUGAACUCGGGCAUUGUGUCGGUUCAAAGUAGAAUUCUGCCAGUUGAGUCCAUCUGUCUGCGGUCUUCAGUCUACGCGACUGGAUCCAAUGCAUCUUGGGCCAGGGAGGUUGUGAAUGACACUUCAAUCAGUUCUGUCCCCCUGAACACCUGGGUCAUCAUUCACCCUCGACACUGCGUACAGCAGGCCGACGAGUUGGUUUCCACCUUCAACAAUGUGGCCAGGCCCAUUGGGUUCCAGCUGGGGCGGCCCAUCCGUCUGACGCUGCAGAAUGAUCGGACCGACACGUACAUCAGCAUGAUCCAGCAGCAGCUCACCAGUGAGCCCAAUUUGCAGCUUGUGGUGUGCAUCUUGGUUGGAAACAGAGAGGAUCUCUACAGCGCCAUCAAGAAGCUGUGCUGUGUGCAGCAUCCCAUCCCAUCGCAGGCAAUCAAUAUCAGUACAAUUUCCCAGAAACCGAAACUGAGAAGCAUUGCUCAAAAGGUGCUCAUGCAGAUGAACGCCAAACUGGGAGGAGAACUGUGGACCAUCAGCAUUCCUCUGAAAAACAUGAUGGUGAUUGGAGUUGAUGUCCACCACAACACCAGCAAGAACCGCCAGUCCGUCAUGGGUUUUGUUGCCAGUGUGAACGGUGCACUGACCCGCUGGUAUUCCAGAGUGACUUUCCAGAGGCCCAACGAGGAACUGAUCUGUGGCUUCAGGGUUUGUUUUCUCGCUGCCCUGCGGAAGUAUUACGAGGUGAACCACAACUUGCCGGACAAGAUUGUGGUGUACCGGGACGGCGUGUCUGAAAGCCAGCUGAAGGCCGUGGAGCAGUACGAGAUACCACAGCUGAUCACCUGCUUCAAGAACUUCACCGACUACGACCCCAAACUCACCUUCAUCGUGGUCCAGAAGCGCAUCAGCACCACGCUGUACUCUACCGCCAGAGGAAUUGGCCCCCCUCCACCGGGAACCGUGCUGGAUCACACCCUCACCAGUCAAAACUGGGUGGACUUCUUCCUGAUUUCCCAUCACAUCAUUCGAGGCUGUGCGGUUCCCACACACUACGUCACCUUACACAACACGGCAAACCUCCCACCGGACCAUUUGCAAAGGCUGACGUUCAAGAUGUGCCACCUGUACUGGAACUGGCCGGGAACCAUCCGCGUCCCGGCGCCCUGCAAGUACGCACACAAACUGGCCUACCUGGCGGGCCAGUACCUGCACUCAGAGCCGGCCAUCCAGCUCUCAGAGAAGCUGUUCUUCCUCUGA